AUGAGCGGCCACUCGUGGGCAUUUGAACAGCUGAACCAGCUGGCCCCGUCGCCCGGCACCACGCCCGCCAACGGGCCCGCGCGAGACCGCAGCGACCUCACCCUGUCGUUCCCGUGCGACCCAGACGCUCUCCAGGCUCAGCUCGAGCAGUGGACCACCGUCGCGUUCGACUUUGACUCGCCCCCUGCCGACGCAGGACCCGCCCAACCGCUCGUCCCUUCGUCGCCUGGACUCCCGCACGCCCGUGUCGGCGAGUUCGGCUUCUCACAGCACUACGCCAACAAGCUCGGCGCAUCCCUCGCCGCCGAAGAGCCGCACCCGCAGCCGUCGACCGUCGCACCCGCCGACUUCACCUCGACCGUCGACCUCUCCGCGCUCCUCGGCGGCGCAAACAAUGGCGACGCCGCGUUCGCCGGAUCGCUCGUCGACCCCGCUCUGAGCCUCCCUUCGUUCGUCGAGCCGUCCCUCCCGUCAUUCGUCGUCCCGCAAACCCCGGCCACCGGAUCCGCAGCGACCCUCUCGCCCGCCGAGGCGUCGACCUCGGCUGCGCACACGCCCGCUUCGACCGUCACGUCGAGGAAGGGCAACGGCGCGGCGAAGAAGAAGCGCACGAGCACCACGUCGGCCGCUGCCAAGGCUGCCGCGGCGAAGGAGGCUGCUGCUGUUGCCGCUGCUGCUGCCGCCGCCGCCGCGAGUCCCGCCGCCAACGUCGGAGGCCGCUCGCUCCCUCUCCCCGAGGGUAUCGACACGACGGGCAUGACGGACGAAGAGCUGAACCGGCUCGCGAUCGAGGAGGACCGCCGCCGUCGCAACACGGCUGCGAGCGCGCGCUUCCGCGUCAAGAAGAAGCAGCGCGAGCAGGCGCUUGAGCAGACUGCCAAGGAGUUGAAGGAGCGCGUGGCGGUGCUCGAGAAGGAGGUCGAGACGUUGAGGACGGAGAAUGGAUGGUUGAGGAGCUUGGUCGUCGACAAGAGUGUCUCGACGGCACCCGGAGGCGCAGCCAACAACCGCAAGCGAAAGAUCGAGGACGUCGAGUCCACCACGGCCGCCAUCGAAGGCGGUCUCUCGUCGUCCUCUCUUCUCGUGUGA